AGACUGGAGAGGAAACAGGCCAGUUUAACAAGUACGCCACUGAGGAAGACACUGACAAUCUGUUUGCCAAACAAUACAUAUGAUAUGUUACUCUAAUUCUAAGAUAAACGUUUGUUUUAAGGCUAAAAUACGGAAGGAGAAGUGGAAUGGGUGGAGCGUGGACUGGUAUAAAGAUUUGUGCAUAAACUCUAAAAAGAAAAAUUGUUGAUUGACUCCACAAUGAGUUUCCCUGGGGAGGGAGAUGAAGGGAGAAAAUCUAAACUAACAGAGAGACCUGAACAUGACAAUGCAGCACAGGGGAUUCAGCCAGCAACACCCAGCAGCCCUGCACCAAGUUGUGUAUCCAUCAAGAGUGACAAGUCAAUGGACCGGCCUUACCACUUCAAUAAAGAUGUUUCCACUGACAAGAUUCAGCCAGCAACACCCAGCACCCCUGCACCAAGUUGUGUAUCCAUCAAGAGUGACAAGUCAAUGGACCGGCCUUACCACUUUAAUAAAGAUGUUUCCACUGACAAGAUUCAGCCAGCAACACCCAGCAGCCCUGCACCAAGUUGUGUAUCCAUCAAGAGUGACAAGUCAAUGGACCGGCCUUACCACUUCAAUAAAGAUGUUUCCACUGACAAUGACAUGCAGGGGAGUUUAGACUUAGAGAUGAACGCCCAGUGUCAGAAUAUGGACCUGUCUUCAGUAUUUAGGGUACUUGAAGAUAAUAUCAUCACUUUUGUGAGGAGCGAGUUGAAGGCUUUUAAGAAUAUUCUCAGUCCAGGUUUUGAGAGUCUGAAGGAUGAUGAAUUAGUGAACAGUGAUGACAUAAAGCUGGAGAGCAGUGCCCGAGAAGGGGCUUUGAAGAUCACACUGACCUUCUUGAAGAACAUGAACCAGAAACAUCUCGCUGACGUGCUCGAAAAAAGUAUUUUGGGUGAGCUUGCUGUGUGCCAACAGAAGCUCAAAUUGAAUAUGAAAAAGAGAUUUGAGCAUGUGUUUGAGGGCAUUGCCAACCAAGGAAACCCAACUUAUCUCAACAAGAUCUACACUGAACUCUACAUUACAGAGGGUAAAAGUGGGGAGGUCAAUAACGAGCAUGAAGUGAGACAGAUAGAGGCAGCAUUUAGCAGUCCAGGGAAACACGAAAGGGCCAUCAAAUGCAAUGACAUCUUCCAACCUUCACUUGAUCAAGACACCAGUAUCAGAACUGUCCUUACAAUGGGAGUUGCUGGCAUUGGCAAAACUGUCUCAUCACAGAAAUUCAUGCUGGACUGGGCUGAAGGAAGGGCAAAUCAUGACAUCCAGCUGAUCUUUGCGCUCCCUUUCCGGGACUUGAACAUGAUGUGCAGUAAAAAGCAAAGUUUGAGGGAAUUCCUUGAUCACUUUUUCAUUGAGACUAAAGAAUGUGGGAUCUCAGACUUUGGAAAGCACAACAUUUUGUUUGUCUUUGAUGGUCUGGAUGAGUGUCGUCUCCCAUUGGACUUCCAGAACAACACGAGCUGUUGUGACAUCACAGAGUCUGCCUCUGUAGAUAUGUUGCUGACAAACCUCAUCAAGGGGAAUCUUGUUCCAUCUGCUCACAUCUGGAUAACAUCACGCCCUGCUGCUACAUGUCGCGUCCCUCCUGAGUGCGUUGAUCCAGUGACAGAGAUACAAGGGUUUAACGACCCACAGAAGGAAGAGUACAUCAGGAAGACGGUUAGCGAUCAGUCUCUGGCUUGUAGAAUAAUCACACACGUGAAGUCCUCACGGAGCCUCUACAUUAUGUGCCACAUCCCCAUCUUCACCUGGAUUUCUGCCAAAGUUCUCCAAAAAAUGUUGAGUGAAUCAAAAAGUGAAGAAAUGCCCAAGACCCUGACCCAGAUGUACUCACAUUUCUUGAUCUCUAACAUUCUGAUCAAACAACGGAAGUAUUCCAGUUUGACAGAGAAAGUUGCAGCAGAUCCCCAGAACAAAAUGGACGAACAGAUGAUUAUAAAACUUGGGAAGCUGGCUUUCGAACAGCUGCAGAAAGGCAACUUGAUAUUUUAUGAGGAGGACCUGAGAGAGUGUGGAAUUGACGUCAGAGAAGCUUCAGUAUUCUCAGGUAUGUGCACAGAGAUCUUCCGGAAGGAAUACGGGCUGUAUCAGGAAAAGGUCUUCUGCUUUGUGCAUCUGACCAUCCAGGAAUUUCUGGCAGCCCUCUAUGUGUUUUACACAUUCAACAACAGGAACAUCAAUCUGAUGGCUGCACAAGACAACCACAGACAACUUGAAGAACCUAAAGAUGCCCCGAUAACUGUCUUACACAGUAGUGCUAUUGACAAGGCAUUAGAUAGUGAGAAUGGGCACCUGGAUCUGGUUCUCCGCUUCCUGCUUGGCCUCUCCAUGCAGUCCAAUCACACUCUCAUCAGCAAUUUACUACCACAGACAGGAAGUUGCCCUCAUUCCAAUGAAGACACAAUCUACUACAUUAAAGAGAAGAUCCGGAAGACUCCUUCACCAGAAAGAUGCAUCAAUCUUUUCCAUUGCCUGAAUGAGCUGAAUGACCAUUCUCUAGUGGAGGAGAUCCAAAGCUACCUGAGUUCAGGGAGUCUCUCGGAGGCUAAACUGUCUCCAGCGCAGUGGUCAGCUCUAGUCUUUGUGUUGCUGACAUCAGAAGAGAAGCUAGAUGUGUUCGACCUGAAGAAGUACUCCAGAUGUGAUGAAGGUUUUCUAAGGCUUAUGCCAGUGGUCAAAUCUUCCAGAACAGCUCUGCUUAACGGAUGUAAUCUCACAAUGAAAUGCUGUGACGUGUUGGCCUCAGUUCUUAGCUCAAAGUCCUCACUGUUGAGAAUGCUGGACUUGAGUGACAAUGACCUACAGGACGAAGGGGUGCAUCUGCUCGCUACUGGACUUGGAAGUCCACAGUGCAAACUGGAGACACUCAAGUUGUCCUUUUGUGGAGUGACACAGAAAGGCUGUGCAUCUCUGGCGUUGGCUCUGAAGUCAAACCCCUCACAUCUCAGUGAACUGGACCUGUCUUACAACCACCUGGGAGAAUUUGGAGAAAGGUUGCUCUCUGCUGGGUUAGAGGACCCACUCUUUCAACUGCGGAAGCUAAGUGUGGAAAAUGGUGAGGAGUGCUGGUUAAAAUCUGGCUUGAAGAAAUAUGCCUGUGAGCUCACAUUGGAUCCAAACACAACAUGCAGACACAUCUCUUUAACUGAGAACAACACAAAAAUGACACGUGGAAAAGAAGUCCACCCUUAUCCAGAUCACCCUGAGAGGUUCAGGAACUGGGGCCAGGUCCUGUGUAAAGAGGGUUUGACUGGCCAGUGCUACUGGGAGGUGGAGUGGACUGGGACAUCUGCUGGGUUGGGAGUGGCCUACAAAGGAACCCAGAGAAAAGGAGAGGGGAAUGACUGUGCUCUUGGAUACAACGACCAAUCAUGGAGUUUACGUGUCUAUGACAACAGUUACAAUGCCUGGCACAAUAGGAAGGGGGAGCCCAUAGUUCCACCCUCCAAAACGUCCCAAAGAGUGGGAGUCUAUCUGGACUGGCCAGCCGGUACACUAUCCUUCUACAGUGUCUCUGACACACUGACCCACCUGCACACAUUCCACACCACAUUCACUGAGCCUCUCUAUCCAGGCUUUAGGGUUUGGCAUGAUUAUGCUUCGGUGUCUUUGUGUAAGGUGGAAAAAUAGUCUAACAUGUCUAAAUCUGUCAGUAGCAGUGUAGCCCGUAGUAGCUAGCUGUUGCUCUGUAGGAGAGGGAUAAAUGUCAGUAUGUUGAAUAUCAAGGUGGUAACAUCCGUUUGAAUUUUAUAGUAUAAUAACAAUAAUGAUAUAAGUGUACUAUUUUCCAUUAAAAUUGUUGUUUUUGAGUUUAAGCGUACCUUGGCUUCCUAAUAUUACCUGAGCAUAUUCCGUCUAAGGCGCUACAGCAGUAUCAGUAAACAAUGUAUAGGUGUAAACAGGGUCAUGCGUUCUUAUAAUUACUAUUAUACUACUGUCCGUUUUUUACUUCUGGUUGAUAGUCUAAUGCUCUAAAAUUAAAUUAGUGACAUGGAAAACAAAUGACCUUGUGUAUUUCAACUGUAAUAAAAAAUUAUACUCUUUAGCAUUACUUAAUUAUUUAAAGUUUUCAGUUAUUUUUUACAAGUUUAAUACAGUGUAUCUAAGAGACUAUGCAUCUUUAUCGGUAUGUAUCAAAGCUAUGUUAUUGUGAUUAAUGAAAUAAAAUGUGGUCGCUCUGUUGCCAUUAUUCUGCUGUGA